AUGAAAAUAGACCCAUCCUACCUUUCCAUUGCAUUCUACACCAGGAAGCUCUUUGUGCUCAGAUAUGUGACGGGGCAGCUUGGCGAAGUGAUGUCGCUGGUCAUUUGUGUGAUUAACUUUAUUGUUACCCGAGCCUCAACUGAUCGACAGUUUAAAGCUCUGCUGGAUGAAGUUGAAAAUAAACUAUCAUUGUCUGAUCUUGCACAGCAAGGCCGGGCUGCAUCAUUGGCUUGUGAAUCCGCCUACCACAGAGUUAAUUUAAUUAGCCAGAUUGGAGAGAAGGAGGAGGAUGUAAACUCGUCGGCUGUGGACAACGGCGACAUAGUGGAUCCGGAAAAACAGAGUAGAAGAAGCGAAUUUCAAAUUACUCAGAAGACGGGCUUCAAACUGCUUGUAAUUGAGUGA